CCUCUUACGGGCUCUUGUGGUUAGGCCCAAAUCCAGGCAGAUGCUUAGCGUCCUGCUGCUGUUAAUUGAAGUUAAACAUCUCGAUUUGCUUGUGUGUCUUCUUAAUCUUCUGGCCAGUGUCAUUUAGUGAUUACAGAAGCAUGGGAUGGACUCUGCUGCUCCUCAUUAGUCAUAAGUGACAGUUGCGAAGAUUGCUUCAUCUCUUGUUUUUAGAUGAGCUUGAAAAAACAUGCUUCUAGUUGUGCAAUGGCAGAUGAGCACCGCUUAUUCAACUGAGCUAAGCUUCUUGUCCUAGUUAGCAGCUGAAGUCAAUGAUACUUGUAAUUUUUGUGGGAAAGGAUAGAAGGGGAGUUCCUCACUUGUAAGUGUGAGGCAGCAAUGAGAAAGGGACAGGAGGUCUGGAAGAGCAGUUACUUUGGUCUUGAAUGCCUACAGAGCUGAGGAUAUAGUUGUCUGUUCCAUUGGCUUCAAAUACAGAAGAGCGAAGAGUGAAACAGCAGUACGGAGCUGAAAGGGAAAAAGUUGUUGGAGGAGGGACUCCUUCCUGAGACCUUGAUGCCUUUUGACUAUUGGGUUUUAGAUUCUUUUACGUGAUUGAUCUAUGAAAUGGCAGAAAAUGGAACAGACUGUGACCAGAGACGCAUAGGAAUGAUCAAAGAACAGCACAAUGGAAACUUCACAGAUUCUUCUUUGUUGAGUGAACGGAAACGAAGGGACCGAGAAGAGAGGUUGAAUAUUGUUCUCUGGAGACAACCGCUUGUUACCUUGCAGUAUUUUUUCCUGGAAACUCUAAUAAACUUGAAGGAAUGGACCAUAAAAUUGUGGCAUCGACGAAGUAUCUUGGUGUCUUUUUUACUGAUGCUUGCAGUACUUACAGCUACGUAUUAUGUUGAAGGAACACAUCAACAGUAUGUGCGGUAUAUGGAGAAAAAGUUCUUCUGGUGUGCCUACUGGGUAGGAUUGGGCAUUCUGUCCUCUGUUGGACUCGGAACAGGUCUUCACACUUUUCUGCUCUAUUUGGGUCCACACAUUGCAUCAGUUACUCUUGCUGCAUAUGAAUGUAAUUCAGUUAAUUUUCCUGAGCCGCCUUAUCCAGAUCAAAUUAUCUGCCCUGAUGAAGAGGAGAUUGAAGGAUCCAUCUCUUUAUGGGCUAUCAUCUCAAAAGUCAGGCUGGAGGCCUGCAUGUGGGGUGCUGGCACAGCCAUUGGAGAGCUGCCUCCGUACUUUAUGGCGAGGGCGGCCCGACUCUCUGGUGCUGAACCUGAUGAUGAAGAGUACCAGGAAUUUGAGGAGAUGCUGGAACAUGCAGAGACUGCACAAGAUUUUGCUUCCCGGGCUAAACUGGCUGUCCAGAACCUGGUGCAGAAAGUUGGGUUCUUCGGCAUUUUGGCCUGUGCUUCAAUUCCAAACCCACUGUUUGACCUGGCCGGCAUAACAUGCGGACACUUCCUGGUUCCCUUCUGGACCUUCUUUGGUGCGACCCUGAUUGGGAAGGCAGUAAUUAAAAUGCACAUCCAGAAACUUUUCGUUAUUAUAACAUUCAGCAAACAUAUAGUGGAGCAGAUGGUGUCCCUAAUCGGUGCUAUUCCAAGUAUAGGUCCUUCUCUUCAGAAGCCAUUUCAAGAAUACUUGGAAGCUCAGCGGAUAAAACUUCACCACAAGCCCGACAGUGGCGUACCCCAGGGGGAAAACUGGCUAUCAUGGAUGUUUGAAAAACUGGGUGGCUGUUCUGCUUUUUCCAUAACUUUCAAGACCAUCAAAAUGUAUACAAAUGAACGCAGGUUGGGUAGAAACUCUUGCAUGUCCGUCAUGGUAACGCUGUUCCAUCUGACCUCUCCAGUGUGCCAUUGCAUUGCACGUGCUCUCAGUUGGAAAAGCCACCCUUUGAAACUUCGCAAUGAUGUUGGCAGAGAUAAUUGAUGUCAAAAUGCUGAAGCUGACAUUUUUUAUUCUGUAUAUUUAGAAUGAAGUCAAGAUAAAACUUUAUAAAGUCAUCUUUGAUCAUUCCAGAA